GCUUCCACUACGCUCAGUCCUAGUCUCCUCCUGUCUCUACAGUCCCUUCUAAGGGCCCUCGGCUUUUCUACCGUCCAGGCUUUCUAGUCCUUUAAAUCCGAGAGGCAAAUUUGAGAGAGUAAGGAAGGCUGGGAGGGGCCUAUGGCUUAACCCUCUCAACCCGGGGACAAGAGACCAACUUGGCUGACUGGGCGUUGACUCGGUGCUUGGUUGGGAGGCUGCCAUGGAGCCCAAGAGGGGCUGAAGCUUAUUCCCGGUGCAGGUGAGAUCGCUCCUGGAGAAAGAAGGAAAAAGGCGCCAGAGAGGCAGCCUCGAGGCCGGGAGGGACCCCAGCUUUAGCCGGACCUCAAUUCAGUCUGGACCACGAGAUGUCGGUAUUGAAGCAGAUGGUCCCUGCACAGCCCAAGAAGCGACUGGAUCGUGGAGCACUCUCUAUCUCUGCACCACUGGGAGACUUCAGGCACACUUUGCACGUAGGACGCGGUGGCGACGCCUUCGGGGACACCUCAUUCCUGAGUCGCCACGGGGGUGGUCUGCCUCCUGAGUCAGGAGCCCCACCGGUCGUGGCCCCACAUUCUGUCCCUCCACCUGCAGUCCCACAGCCCCCUGCGCCUGGUCUCCGAGUGCCUUCACCUGCCGACCCGCUAAUGCCCUUCCACCUGGACCUGGGCCCCUCUAUGCUGGACGCGGUGUUAGGCGUCAUGGACGCAGAGCGCGGCAAGACAGUGGCUACCGAGCCCGAUGGGGAUGCCCACCCUGGAGCGCAGCACCCCACGGGCCGCUGCUGCUCCAGUGCUGACCUCCAGCUGGACGACGUCAUCGGUCUGUAGUGUCACGAUUUCUGCAACCCUUUUCCCCAGCACUCCUUUUGUACACACAAAAUGGCCAGCUUUGUGCCAUGACUGUCUAUUCGCUUUAUGCGGUAAGGGGACAGAAGCAAGACAGUGGUGGGGUGCCAACAACUAAAAGUCAAAUCUGUCGUCAGUGAUGUUCCUUUAA